AUGGGUUUCAUCGAUAAGUUGCAAGCCAAGAUCGAACUCUACCGCCUGGAGCAGCGCUACGCUCGUCGCAAGCAUCGCAGCACCUUCUCCGAUGUCCACUACGUUGAUGGCGAAUAUGUCUACUCCAAUGGCUCGAACUCCCCGACGGGUACCGUCUCCAAGAACUCCACGGGAAACCACUGGAAGGCGUCGACAUCGAGUUCCGCUGACUCCCGAUGGCGUUGA